UGACGGUCUUGUCCGAUCCUCAUUGCUUUUUAUUAUCGGCCGGUCGAUUCUAUCUCCCCUCAAAUCAGGUCGCUCUUAUCAUGACAUGUGCCGCUAUCAACAGUCAGUGGAUCGAAGCGAAGUGUUUCCUUGCUAAUCAAUAAACACGCUUGUUUUCUUGGUCUUUGUAGACCACAUGGGGCGCCUGCUAAAUAAAUAGGUGCAAUGCCUGCCUCUCCCAUUGCCAUCUCUUUUCAUCAUCUCCCGCUAGGGCUUGUAUCCGUUGAUUUCCCUUGACGAUGCUUUCCACACCUUCCCUCCCAUCUAUGGGCAUGCUCGCCCUUAGCGCCAUGCAAUUGGCUGCAGGUGCAGUGUUUGAGUUCCCGUCCUGCCCGAAGGAUACUCCCUUCAGCUGUCAGAACUCGACCGCAGUAGCCGACUCCUGCUGUCUCAAUUCGCCGGGAGGUGCCCUCCUGCAGACACAGUUCUGGGACACAGAUCCUCCAGCUGGUCCCUCCGACUCCUGGACCAUCCACGGUCUCUGGCCUGAUAACUGCGAUGGCAGCUACGAGCAGUACUGCGACAAGUCGCGGGAGUACUCGAACAUCACCGCAAUUAUUCAGGAGCAGGGCCAGACCGAACUUCUGUCCUACAUGAAGAAAUACUGGCCCAACUAUGAAGGCGAGGAUGAAGAAUUCUGGGAGCACGAGUGGAACAAGCACGGUACCUGUAUCAACACCAUUGAACCAAGCUGCUACAAAGAUUACGCCCCGCAGAAGGAAGUGGUUGAUUAUUUGGCGAAGACCGUAGACCUUUUCAAAGGUCUGGAUAGUUACAAGGCUCUCGCCAAAGCCGGUAUCGUCCCCCAUGCCUCCAAGACCUACGAACGAAGUGAGAUCGAAUCUGCUCUUGCUGCGAUUCAUGAUGGCAAGAAGCCCUAUAUCGGCUGCAAAGACGGUGCGCUGAACGAGAUUUGGUAUUUCUAUAACACCAAGGGCAAUGCGAUCACCGGCGAGUACCAGCCAAUUGACACCCUUACGUCUACUAAAUGUUCCUCCUCUGGUAUUAAGUACCUGCCCAAGAAGGGCGAGAACUCCACCGCGCCAGCCUGGAAAUUCCGUGGUGGCAAGGCUGGCCAGUCUGUUCGCUUCAACUAAGAUGUUUAGAAGAUGGAAGUUGUAUGUCCUACAAGUAUUGCAUAUAUACUGGAGUGU